CGCGUUCAAAAAAAAAAAAAAAAACAAAGACACAAACCCCCCCACAUAUUCUCCCUGCUCCAGCCAGUUCUCACGCCGCCCCCGCCGCGCCGCCGCGUGCUCGCCGGAACCCUAGGAUCCUGCGACCGUGGCGGGAAGCGCUGCCGCGGCCAUGACAGGGACAACUUGGAUAAUUGACAGCCAAAGAUUUGCCACCAAAAUAAAAAAUGCUUCUGGGUCUUCAGAUCCCAGUAAACAGAAAUGGAUCAGCAACCCAAGUAAAGAGUGCCCAAAGUGCAGCCAUGUCAUUGAUAACAGUGAUGUUGUUCACCAUUGGCCUGGUUUGCCUAAAGGUGUAAAAUUUGAUCCGUCUGACCAGGAAUUAAUCUGGCACUUACUGGCAAAACAUGGAAAAUCUGAUAUAAAACCUCAUCCGUUCAUUGAUGAAUUUAUUCCAACGGUUGAGGAAGAUGAAGGCAUCUGCUACACUCAUCCGCAGAAACUGCCAGGUGUCAAGCAAAAUGGAAGUGUAUCACAUUUCUUCCACAGAACAUUUAAGGCCUACAACACUGGGACUAGGAAGCGUCGAAAGAUAAACACUGUUGAUGCUGAUGUCCGUUGGCACAAGACAGGCAAGACAAAGCCAGUAUUACUUGAUGGAAAACAGCUUGGCAGUAAGAAAAUAAUGGUGCUUUAUAUGAGCCCGGCAAAGGGUGGGAAGGCUGAGAAGACUAAUUGGGUGAUGCACCAGUACCACCUAGGCAUUGGAGAGGAUGAGAGAGAUGGUGAAUAUGUCGUCUCUAAAUUAUUUUUUCAGCAACAGUUUAAACCUGGGGACAAGAAUGCUCAAGAGCUAACCACAUCGGAUGAUCUGGAAUCAAUAGCUGCUGAAGCAGAUCUCACUGAUUUUACUACAUUGCCCGCUGACAAACAUGUUGGUACAAUCCAAGUUGUCCAUAAUUCUGAGCAUAAUCUUAACCAGGUAACCACAUCGGAUGAUCUGGAAUCAAUGGCUGCGGAAGCAGAUCUCCCUGAUUUUACUACAUUGCCCGCUGACAAACAUGUUGGUACAAUCCAAGAAGUCCAGAAUCCUGAGCAUAAUCUUUACCAGGUUAACAGAAACUGUGAAAUAAACAUUGAAGAGACUGUUGUCCUCCCACCCUCUGAAAAAACAGAGGAUGGAGAUAAUCCCCAAUCUCAAGAUCCGAAGUUGUGGGAAGGUGAUUCCCAGUUUGAACUGCUAGACUCUCAGCAGCUGGCGGAAGGACUCGCUCUCUGUGACGAGUUCCUCCUGAGUCAGUCUCAGACCUCCUGUGGCGGUGGAGAUGAACCUAGAGUGACAAAGCCUUGCCUAGCUGCUUAUGCCCACCUGUCAACAGAGGACUUCAAGAAGGAUUUAGAAGAGUGCCAGCGGUUGGAGCCCACAGAUAACACAAACCUUGAGCUUGACAGCACUAAUGAGUUUCGACUGAGCCAAAUUGAAUUUUCACAGGAUAGCUUUACAACAUGGGCAGUUGGCAAGAUGACUGACGACUGACGCUGCUCUGCUGCACUCCUGGCACCGCUUGGUACAUGAAGAAACAGCUGAUCUGUUUUUUGUGAGACCGCAGUGAAAUCUGCACCAACAGUGGUCUCCCUUUUGCAUUGAGUUGCUCUGGUGCACAUGAACUGCUUUAUAUGAAAUAUGAAAGGCCGAGGAAUCAUGCUGUACCACUGUGCAGUACUGUUCAGUGUGAGAUUGGCCUUUCUUGGUUGCAUCAGCUUGUACAUUUUGUAAUAAACACCUUUAUUUUAGUCGGCAGACCAAUUGCCUGUUUGGAAUGGGUAUUGCUCUACUAAUUUUAGGAUA